CGAGUUUAAGUCUACCACCAAUAGAUAGGUUUAUCUGCGAAUAUCAUCAGGCCUGCCGUUUCUUGCAGCUAAUUAGGCCGGGGAAAUCUGGACAACUGUUCUUAGUCUAGAUCUCGAGUGAAAACGAAUGUUCUUGCAGAUUUCAAGGGCAGAUGUGAUAUAGGAUAUAGCAUAGCGCAAUUGAUUUAUCAGUUGUGAACGCGAAAGGUAGUGUUAUAGACUGGAGGAACUAAAAUUCAUAACAAAAUUAAUGUACUUCUGGAUUAAGAUAUAACAUGUUGGACUGAGCCAAUUAUGAGCGACCGCGACGAUAUCACCCCUGAACCAAAUGCGACGCUGUCGUGUCGACCGAAGCACGACAAACCGCGCCUGAGACGUUCUAAUGCAUUGAGCGACUCCGAUGAUGACGUUUACGAUAAAUGUAAUAAUAAAGCUGAUAAUAAACACACUCAUGAUGACCAUCACAAGGACAAAAAGUCAAAACCGAGAGGACUGAAAAAACUAUUUAGGUCUAUGACACUCGGUGACAAGAUGAGAAUUCCCGGACAAACUAGUCCGAAUAAACAUUUUGAAAAUUUUAACGGUGCGCUAUCAUCAAGACGUCACACUGUAAUGGAAUCAGACAUCAAACUCCCUGAUGAUUUAGACGAAUCGCCGAAAGUGCCGAAAAAGAGCAAACUGUUGCGUCGAUCGUCAAUUGCGGAAGGUGGACUCGGAGAGUUCAAAUGGUGGGAAGAACCCGGUGAUGAAUUAAAACGUAUUGAUGAAACAAUAACUGAAGAUAAAGUUCUUAAAGUUGCCAAACAUCCUAAAUCUAGUACCGGUGAUGAUGCUGAAACGGAUGACGAUGAAGAUGAAGCUCACGAUGAUGUAUUCAAUGAGCGUCGACAUAAACCAAAAAACAUUCAACGCCCGGGUGACAUUGCCCCCGGUAAGGACCCUCGCAGACGUACGAAGCGUUCAGACUCCAUCGCAGAAGGAGGGAAGGCCGAGUUUAAUUGGUGGGACGAGAGUUUGGAUGAAGAAGACGAGUCAUCCGCUCCGAUAGGGCCCAGGUAUGGACGUGGAAGAGGCAAGAAUCCAAAAAGUGUUGGGUUUCUCAUGGACGUUUUGGCAGUUGCCUCAGUGGGGACUUUCUCUUAUAGAAUAUACGAAAAGCCUAAUAAGGUUUUGGACAGAUAUGAUUUUGACUAUUGGUUCGAUGAUUACGGUUGGGGGUACGGUGAACGCCCAAAUGACGUUUAUGGUCCAUCGGGUCGUAAACGGCACAGUCGUUCAUUAGAAGAUUCUUAAAAAGACACAUGAUAUUAAAAACAGCAAUGUAAGAGACAACAAAGAAUACAGACAGCUAUUUAGAAUUCAUUUGAUUAAAAUGACAUGAUUUUUAACAUUAAAUUUGAAUUAAUUCUGACGUGGCCGUUUUGAUUUGAACAAA